AUGGCAGCGAAGUGGUGGUUCAUCGCCUCCCUGCUGCUCUGCCUCGCCGUCGCGUCAGCGGCGGCAAGAGCAAUGCCGCGCGACUGCGACACCGCCAUCUUCGCGGCGGCCGCGGGCGACGACGACGAAGACAAUGCCAGCGCCGGCGCCGUGGACGAGGCCACCAAGACCGCCGACGUGUUUGGCGGCCGGACCAGCGGCGGCGGCCUCUUCGGCGGCGUUCACGGCCCGCUGGGCGGUGGCGUCGCUGGGUUCGGCCCGUUCGGUGGCGCCGUCGCCGGCGCGGGCCCGUUCGGUGGGUUCGGUGGCGGUGGCGGCGCCGGCGCCGGCGGCGUCCCGUAA